AGAGGAGGUGAAGUUGAAAGAAUAGCGACCUCUUCUCCGUUUGGGCUGUGUUUAAGAGAGAUAUCAGUUCCCUGUCAAGCCUCCAUUUUCUAUUAUUUGUAAUUGUUUAUUUUCUCACUACUGCAAAGGGAGCAACAAAGAGAAAGAAAAGGAGAGAAAGAGAAAGAAAGAGACGACAGACUGAGGAAAUACAGAGAGAGAAAGACAAAGACAAAGAGAAGAACUGAAGAAGCUUUCAAUACCACACAAGGGAAAACGAUGCCUUAGAGCUUUACAUCCUUUCAUACUCUGCAACUCCAAGGGAGAGAAGGCAGUGUUUAGUACUAAAGUGCAAAAGGAGGAGAUGAUGAAGAAGAAGAUACUGAUAUGGGAAUAGCAACACAGCAACUUUUACCAGUUCUUUCUCAUUCGAAGUUCCACCAUCAAAUUCAAGUUGAAGACAAGUCAAUUUCCUCGAAUUCUAUGUCCCAGGAUUACCACCAAGGCAUCUUUAGCUUCUCGAAUGGCUUCGAGAGAUCAGUGAUGACUCACCAUGAACAACACCAACACAUAGCACAGCAGAUCCGCCGAGAUAAACUUAGAGUUCAAGGCUAUGAACAGCCACCGCCACCAUUGGUAGGGAUUGAAGAGGAGGAAUCUAGUGGUCUGCCUGUGUAUGAUACAGGCGGUAUGUUGUCAGAAAUGUUCAAUUUCCCUUCUGGAGGAACUUCGUCUACGGAAUUGUUAGAUCACUCCAUGCCGUCUAAUUACCGGCAUCCACGGCCAACGGCAGCCAGUGAGUGGUACAGUAACAGGCAAAGUAUGCUGGGGGGUUUGGGUUCCUUAGGUGACUCGAAGAAUCACAAUGACCGGGAGAGUUUAGCUCAUCAUCAUCAGAUUUCAAACAUUAAUGCAGACUCAGCAGCAGCCAUGCAACUUUUCUUGAUGAAUCCACAGCCAAGAUCAUCUUCUCCAACUCCUCCUCCCCCUCCCCAUUCAACUUCUUCUACGCUUCACAUGUUGCUACCUAACCCAUCAACUUCUCUGCAAGGUUUUAAUGUAUCGGGAACAGGAGGCGGUUUUGGAGCAAACAGUGUGAUUUCUCCUCCACAAUUCACAUGGGUUCCUGAUAGCAGCCAUGAAGGAGGCAACACUGCUGCUCAAAUCAACAACGCAAGUGAAAUGGGAGGAGGAGUAGUGGAAGGUCAAGGCCUCUCUCUUUCAUUAUCGUCAUCUUUGCAGCAUUUAGAGGCGGCAAAAGCAGCAGAAGAAUUGAGGAUGGGAGAUGGAGGAUUAUUGUUUUACAAUCAAGGAGGGGGUUCUUCUUCAUCACAGUAUCAGUACAAAAACUUAAGUGGUCAACAGCAGUUAUUUCAUUUGGGUGGUGGAGUGGGUCAAAAUCACCAGGUUCGUGUUGGCUAUGGGUCUUCAUUAAGUGUGGUGAAUGUUUUAAGGAAUUCCAAGUAUGUUAAAGCUGCCCAAGAAUUAUUAGAAGAAUUUUGUAGUGUGGGAAGGGGUCAAUUCAAAAAGAGCAAGAUUGGCCGCAACAAUACAAACCCUAGUUCUAAUCCUGGUAGUAGUGGCGGUGGUGGUAAUUCUUCGUCAUCAACCAAAGAUUUCCCUCCUUUAUCUCCUACUGAUAGAGUUGAGCAUCAAAGAAGGAAGGUCAAAUUGUUAUCCAUGCUUGAUGAGGUGGAUCGAAGAUACAACCAUUACUGUGAACAGAUGCAAAUGGUGGUGAACUCAUUCGAUCUGGUGAUGGGUUUCGGUGCUGCGGUUCCUUACACUGCUUUGGCUCAGAAGGCAAUGUCUCGGCAUUUCCGGUGUCUAAAGGAUGCAAUACAAGCACAACUUAAGCACAGCUGUGACUUUCUAGGUGAAAAAGACGGUGCAGGAACCUCAGGCAUAACCAAAGGAGAGACCCCAAGGCUUAAGUUACUCGAGCAAAGUCUAAGGCAGCAAAGGGCAUUUCACCAAAUGGGUAUGAUGGAGCAAGAGGCUUGGAGGCCACAAAGAGGCUUGCCUGAACGAUCUGUCAACAUUUUGAGAGCCUGGCUGUUUGAGCAUUUCCUUCACCCGUAUCCAAGCGAUGCAGAUAAGCAUAUGUUGGCUCGGCAGACUGGUUUAUCGAGAAAUCAGGUUUCAAAUUGGUUCAUAAAUGCGAGGGUUCGACUGUGGAAGCCCAUGGUGGAAGAGAUGUAUCAGCAAGAGGCGAAAGAAGAAGAAGGAAUGGAAGAGAGAGAAAAGGGGAUUGCACAAACACCAAUGCCUUCAGCGACAACAACAACAACAGCAGCAGCAGCAACAUCAACGCCAACACCAACAACAACUACACCCACAGGCAAAAGAUCCGAAAUCAAUGACAAAGAAAGCGACCGUUCAGUAAUGGCAAUCAAUAGACAAUGCUUCUCGGAAACCCAUGCAAAACAGUCUUCCUCUUCCACCAAUAUGAUCACCGCCACCAGUAUCCCCAUCAAUGAAGCGGCGCCACCCAUUUCCCCUUCUUUUCCGGUUACCCACAUCGUCGAUGACACUUGUCGACUUGGCAAUGUGGUUCCAGCUGAUUAUGCCACCACCUCUGCUGACUUAGGCUCUACUCUUAUAAGAUUUGGGACCACUUCUGGUGACGUUUCACUCACUCUAGGGCUUCGCCAUGCUGGGAAUAUGCCUGAGAACACUUCUUUCACAGUUAGAGAUUUUUGGGGCUGUUGAUUAUAUUCUCUACCUGAUUAACCUCUUUAAGAAAUUAAACCCCAUUUCUUUUUUCACUUCAUCCUUCAGUCUACUGAGAAGAAAACGCAUAUUGGAAUUCGUAGCAUAUAAAUAUAAAUAUAUAUUCAGUUAGGUAGUGAUAUGGGGUUAUUGUAAUUGUAUAGUAGAUUGCCGUGAAUCCUUUGCUUAAACAUGAAUUUCUAGAAUAAUAUGAUCAUCGAAUCAUAUUAAUUUUGGGGGCGUAUGCAAGGGCGAGGAAGAGGGGAAGAGGGUUUGCUGAACUUUAUCUUUUACCCAUAUAUGUGUAUGGAUGUUGUUAUCUUAUCGAAUAUUUAUUAUUUAUAAUAAUAGCGAAACCCUAGAGAUGGCUAUUUAUCUUCUGUA